AGCUUCAGCUUUGGCAGGCGGGCUUAAAUUUUGAGGUCCAAUUGGUCAUGUCGAACAUGGUUAACGUUACAACCAGCGGUCGGAGGCCAUUCGGUCACGGCUUCCGAUGUCAUCUUCAACCAUUUCAAAAAACUGAAAGCUUAAACUCGACUUGUCUUCAACUUCAAUCACAACAAUAUUCUGACUCAAAAUGACUCUCUGUCAAUAUUGCAGUGCUAUCGAAUUUGAGAUGCUUCGCUGUCCAACUACCGAGGAGUUACGAUCUCUCAUUACCAAAUCUGAGGUUCCAGAUUGUUAUCCCUUCAAGUCAUUUAUACACAAUCGACAGGCGCCUAAGUUUAGUCUUGGCCCUCAUACUCGCAUACAACAAUCGUCGCCUACUUGUGCUUUUUGUUCAGCGAUUUGCGAUGUUGUGCCUGACCAAAUAGAGAAUCCUAUUCGUGAUUUGGACUCUUUCAAAUGUGUGGCAUCGAUGAAAUCGUUUGCUCGCAUAGUGCCUAUGGAUGGUGAGGCUUGGGAUUCUGAUCGCGAUCUUAUGUAUCUGUAUAGAAUUGGUCUAUCAUGGUAUCCAAUAGUGAGUGGUGAGGAGACUGAUGAACCGGGAAUUCACAGGACUACUGACGCUGCACCUUGGUACUAUAUUGAUGAUGCCUUUCAAACUUACAAUGGAGAGGUAUGCCAGGACAGUAACAAUAAUGGGUCUGUCGACCGAAAUUCAACUGUCUUCUCUGGGAGGAUAAGGCCGGAGAUUAUUGACAUCAAACAGCCAGCUCAAUGGCUCAAGGAAUGCCUCGAUACUCAUAAAGAAUGUUACCAGGCAAAACUCGUAAAUCGAGGAGUUUCAAGGAAAGUCUAUUACACGACGGUCAUAAAGUCACUGUACUGACGUUUCUGAAUAGUUUAACUCCAAUCUUCCGUCUAAUUGACGUCCGGGAGAGUAAGAUUGUGGAAUUUUGUAAUGCCAAUAUUCCUUCUUUUGAGUAUGCGGCAUUAAGUUAUGUGUGAGGUGAUACUCAAAGAAAACUACUCUUAAACAUAACCAGGGAGCACUCCAGAAAGCGGGAUCUCUCACAGGAUGUGUUCCAAGGACUAUCCAGGACGCAAUGAGAUUUUCACAGCAACUUGGAAUCAAAUAUCUAUGGGUCGAUGCUCUUUGCAUAAUCCAAGACAGCGAUUCUGAUAAAGCCAUACAGAUUGGUACAAUGGGAUCUAUAUAUGCUCAUUCAAAGGUUACUCUCAUUGCGGCUUCUGGGAAAAAUUCGGAAGCCGGCUUACCAGGAAUCCAAACCCCUCGAACGGGCAAACAGGCGCAAAUCGACAUUUCAACGAUCGAUACACGAGUUUCCAUGAAGCUAAUAAGAACUUUGCACCCUCACAAUAAUGGCUACUCAUUCUCUCACCAGCUUGAAGAUAGUGAAUGGAGUCGGAGGGGAUGGACUUUACAAGAACGGGCAUUAUCAAGACGCAGUAUUAUUUUCACGGAUCAACAGCUUUUGUGGGCCUGUAGGAAGUGUCAUAGACUUGAAGAAACUUAUUGCGAAACUUCAUUAGCACAUGCAAGCUUUUUCAGACUCCAAGAAACAGAAUAUUUCCUUGAUACCUCUCUUAGGAAUUUCUUCGUCUUAAAUGAUGUCAUCGACUAAACUUGGUAUAAAUUUAGACGUCUAGUUUCGGAUUAUACUAAGCGUCAGCUAACCAAACCAGGUGAUGCCCAUGACGCUUUUCAUGCCAUACUAGAGCAAGUGAAGCAAUUGACCGGCGAUAAUUUCUUAUGGGGGAUACCCACAAGACGCUUUGAGUUGGGACUUUGUUGGGAACCUGGUUCAUUACGCGGGGUUAGGAGAAGGAAAGAUUUGACGACUUUAGAAACGACAUCCUUGAAGAGAAAAGUGUCGUUUCCGUCUUGGUCUUGGUUGGGUUGGCAUGAUGCAAUUAAUAUACGAGUGGAGUCAAGAUAUCGAGACUUAGGGUAAGUUUUUUUGUCUUGCACCCGGACGGCAUUUGCCAGAAGAGAGAACAACACCAUUCACAUAUUGAUUCCUGCAGGAUGAAUCCCGAAAUUGUAUGUUAUAUACUCCGAAAUUCACCACUCCGACUAGUUCGAGUCCCAGGAGUUUCGUUGGAUGUUCCAGGAGCACAAACGAAUAUUCAUCCAUCGCAAGCACAACGAACGAGUCCAAACUUUAUUGAGUUGCAAGACAUACCGGUACACUGUCUUGAACUGAGCAUUGACAAACUAAACGACACUCCAGAUGAUCAACUCAUAUUCUUCCGAACGGAGGUCGCUCAGUUCGAACAUCAACAUCCAGAACAAAUACACCCACCUCAUCCUCAAUAGCUAACGAAGAGAGUGAAAAUCCAUUUAUACCCCCGAUAUUUAUAUCCACAUUAUAUUUAUUCAUAACUCUUUCUUUUCUUCAUCUUUAUAUCUUCAUUAAUUUAUCUAUAUCUAUUCAAAACUAUAUUCCAUCUACAUAUUCAUCCUAUUAUCUCAUUCCAUAAAUUACCAGACAAUUAAACAUCUAAACCAUCCAAACUAUUCA